AGCUUCCCGCUACUCUGUCUAUCUCAGUUCUUUCUCUCUCAAGAAAUAGAAAGUGGAAGUUCCAUUUUUGUGUCAUGAAUCCACACCAAAGAAUCAUUCCUUGCUUCUCUCUAAAACCAGUUACAUUUUUGUCUUGCAUGGGAAGUGAUAUAGAGCUACCGUUGAGCCCCUAGAGGUUUCCAAAUCCUGAAGUGGUGACUUGUUGGAAAGCAUAUUGGUGAAGUUAUUGGGUUCCUAGAGAGAGAAACACAUUUCCAGGAAUUGUGGUCCCGUAUGAGGAACUUGGUGCUUUUUAUUCAUUAAGCAUGGAGGCUUAAAUGGUUCCUAUUCGUUUUUUCUUUGAGAAAAAUACAGAGCUGCUAUGAAUUGGGUUUGCUCAAAAACUUAUUGAGACAAGGGAGUGGGUUGAAGUAAUUUCCUGGUUCUCUAUAAUGGAGUUUCUUCUGCUUCAUCUGUUUCUGGUUUCCUCUGCUUGUCUUUGUGUUGUAACUUCGGGCCAGAAUACGAGUGUUUCUUCCUUGCCAACCUCUGUAAAUAUAGGUGUCCUGUUUACUCUUAAUUCAUCAAUUGGAAGAUCAUCAAGGAUUGCAGUUGAUGCUGCCGUAGCCGACGUGAAUGCUGAUAAGAGCAUUCUUACUCAUACAAAACUAAAUAUGGUUUUGGAGGACACUAAUUGCAGUGGCUUCCUUGGAACUGUAGAAGCGCUUCAGCUCAUGGGGAAAGAUGUGGUGGCCAUGAUAGGCCCACAAUCCUCUGUAAUUGCUCAUGUGAUUUCUCAUGUCGUGAAUGAACUCCACAUCCCCCUUGUCUCAUUUGCUGCCACAGAUCCCACACUCUCCUCCCUGCAGUACCCUUACUUCCUUCGAACAACCCAAAGUGACCUCUACCAAAUGAAUGCAAUAGCUGAUGUGAUUGAGCAUUAUGGAUGGAAACAGAUCAUAGCUAUUUUUGUUGACAAUGACUAUGGAAGAAAUGGAGUAGCUGCUCUAGGAGAUGCACUUGCAAAGAAGCGCUCGACGAUUUCUUUCAAAGCCGCAUUACGCCCUGGAGCUGGGUCAGAUGAAAUUAAGGAUUUGUUGGCUAAUGUGAACCGGAUGGAAUCAAGAGUCUAUGUCUUGCAUGUGAACCCUGAUUCAGGGCUCAAUAUUUUCUCUAAUGCUUACUACCUUCAUAUGAUGGAAAAUGGCUAUGUUUGGAUCACCACAGAUUGGCUUACAACGAAUUUGGAUUCAUCAUCACUGUCUAAUCCUGAUACCCACAGUCUUAUUCAAGGAGUUGUGUCCCUCCGUCAAUAUACACCGGGCUCAAGCGCGAAAAGGCGUUUCAUGUCUCGAUGGAGUGACUUGCUUAGAAAUGAGAAGGCUGAUACAGGCUUAACGAGUUAUGCUCUCUAUGCAUAUGAUACUGUUUGGUUAGUUGCUCGUGCCAUUGAUGAAUAUCUCCAUUCAGGAGGGAGCGUGUCGUUUGCCAAUGAUCCAAGAAUAAAAAAUGUGAAUGGGAGCACUCUGAAUGUAUCAUCUCUUAAAAUAUUUAAUGGGGGUCCAAAGCUGCGUGAUAUUUUGUUGAAGAUGAAUUUUAGUGGCUUAACCGGUCCGUUCCAGUUUAAUGCGGAGAGAUCCCUGAUUCAUCCAGCUUUUGAGAUCAUUAAUAUUGGUGGAACAGGGUCUCGGAGAGUUGGGUUCUGGUCUAAUUACUCUGGUUUAUCUGUUGUUACCCCUGAAAUCUUAUAUCAGAAGCCCCUAAAUAUUUCGACCAGUGGCCAACAGCUGUAUAGUGUUGUAUGGCCUGGACAAACCACAGACACCCCAAGGGGUUGGGUGUUCCCAAACAAUGGAAAGCCAUUGAGAAUUGGGAUUCCUAAUAGAAUGAGCUAUACAGACUUCGUGUCAGUGAAAGGUUCUGGGAAGCCCGAGGGAUUUUGUAUUGAUGUCUUCGAUGCAGCUGUGAACUUGUUGCCUUAUGCUGUGCCUCAUACCUUCAUUCCCUUCGGGAAUGGCAUUAAAAACCCGAGUUAUGAUGAGCUCGUGAGAAAAGUCGCUUUGGAUGACUUUGAUGCAGCUGUUGGGGACAUAAGCAUCGUUACAAACCGGACGAGGAUUGUUGAUUUCACUCAGCCUUUUGUCGAAUCUGGUCUUUUGAUAGUGGCCCCUGUCAGGAAGAGAAGUUCUAGUGCUUGGGCUUUUCUGAAGCCAUUUACACUGGAGAUGUGGUUUGUAACCGGUACAUUCUUUCUUAUUGUGGGGGCAGUUAUAUGGAUUCUCGAGCAUAGAAUUAAUACAGAGUUUCGUGGACCUCCCAGCAAACAGCUUGUAACUAUUUUCUGGUUUAGCUUCUCAACUAUGUUUUUUGCACACAGAGAAAACACAUCAAGCACCCUUGGGAGAAUGGUGUUAAUUAUAUGGCUAUUUGUUGUCCUGAUCAUCAAUUCAAGCUACACUGCAAGCUUAACAUCAAUUCUAACAGUUCAGCAGCUCAGUUCUCGUAUUGAAGGAAUCGAUAGCUUGAUCUCAAGUAAUGACCCUAUCGGGUAUCAAACAGGGUCCUUUGCUAGGGACUACUUGACUGAAGAACUCAACAUUGCAGCAUGGAGACUAAAACCUUUGAACACUCCUGAAGAGUUUGCAGACGCCCUUGAGCGUGGACCUAGGAAUGGAGGGGUGGUAGCUAUAAUUGAUGAGAGUCCCUAUAUUGAGCUUUUAUUGUCAAGCAAUUGCAAGUUUCAAGUUGUUGGACAGGAGUUUACCAAGAGCGGAUGGGGAUUUGCUUUCCAAAGGGACUCACCCCUAGCUAUUGACAUGUCGACCGCCCUCCUCACUCUAUCAGAGAACGGCGAGCUCCAAAGGCUCCAUGACAAGUGGCUCACAAGACGUGGGUGCAACACUCAAACCACUCAAGUGGAGCCCAGCAAGCUUGGGCUCGAGAGCUUUUGGGGCCUCUUCCUUAUAUGUGGGGUCGCAUGUGGCUUAGCCCUCUUCUUGUUCUUGGUGAGGCUGGCAUGCCAAUACAGGAAAUAUGGCCCCGAGAUCGUGAGGCCUGUGUCCUCAGCCCCAGGUAGCGAGCCCCAAAGGCCCAUACAUGGUUGCAUGGGUGGCAUGAUGAAAAUCUUUGAUUGGAAAGAAGAAGAAUUCAAAUCAUUUAAGGAGCAGGUCAAGAGAACUAAGAGUGAGAGGCAUUCGAGGGAAACAAGUUUUCAGAGUCAGAAUUCAUUUGAUCAGCAGCCUGAAACACCUGUUCAGAGUAUGGUCAUGUUGUGAUGAGUGUUCCCUAGAGCCUUAAUUGAGUCUUUCACUUUUUUUUGAUGGAAUGGGGAUUCUAUGAUGGCACCCACACAAAAGGCUUCUUUCUAAAUGAAGGCUGAAGUUAUUAUGUGGAUGGAAACUAUAGCUUGAUUUGGGUUAUUGAAGAAAAUAGUGUCUCUAUAGAGCUUCGGGGAAGUUCCUGUUGCUUAAGCAUGCCGGGGUGUGUACGUGUGCAUGGUGAUGUUCCAUGGUGCACCUAUUACAUGCCAUUUUGUGGCUGUAUCAUUUAUAGAACCAAGGUGCCUAGGAAUUAAAUUGCAAAAGGGAGGGUAAGAGGAACUUCCAGUCAUUGUAAAUUAUCGGUCAGAUUGUAGAUGAGAAAUAGUUGUUUGUACCUUUACCCUCUGUUCCUUAAUUUUAUUCUACGACCAUGUUAUCAAUUUUAGUGGCUAUAUUUGAUUAGUGGAUUUUUUGUCUGGUGAGAA